CCCGCAGCACCGGGCUGGGCGCAGGAAGGGGACAGCAGGGGGUCCCACUCACGGUGUGGAACGGGCUCGUCCGAAGCCACCAGCCCCGGGGACAUCUGCUCCCGGCAUGUCCCCGCUGCCCUCGCCGGGGAACGUCGCGUGUCACCUCCCUGCUGCGGUUUGCAGUUGUCCCCCCGCAGCCACCAGCAGCUGCUUCCUCCUCCCCAGCCCGUCUGUGCAGGAGGCCGGGAACCCCCCGGUCCCCGCGGCUGCUGCCGGUGACAUCCCCGGGGGUCACCCCCAUCCCCGGGGGUCACCUCCGGCCACCGCAUCCCGCCGGGCUGCCGGGAACGGGGGCAGCCCGCACGCGGCAGGGAGGAAGAGGAAGGGAGCCGGUGGCCGUCCAGCCACGGUGACGCACAGCGGGGCCAGCCCUGCCGGUGGCUUUCGAGGGGACGCAGCUCUGGCGGAGGCCACCCUGCUGAAAUGUCCCUGCCGGUGACUUCGCCCGGCGCCGCCGCCACCUUCCUGCUCGGCUUGGCCACCCAGCUCCCCCUGGCCUGUGGCAAGGGGCGCAUCUUGCGGCCCCUCACCCCCCAGGAAGAAGCCAAGUGCCCCAGCGCCUCCGUGGAAGCUUUUCUCAACGGCACCAUGUCCACCCGUGUCCUGCCCGCCCUCUACUCCGUGGUGCUGCUCGUGGCGCUGCCGGCCAACGCUGUGGCCUGCUGGGUCCUGGUGGUCAACUUCAGGAGGUGCUCCAGCUCCCUCUUCCUGCUCAACCUGGCCAGUGCCGACCUCCUCUUCGUCCUUCUGCUGCCCCUCAAGAUCUGCUACCACCUCUUGGGCAACCACUGGCUCUUCGGGGACUACCUGUGCCGCGCCACGGUGGCCCUCUUCUACGGGAACAUGUACGGCUCCAUCCUCUUCCUCACCUGCAUUGGCCUGGAGCGCUAUGUCUUCGUGGUCCACCCGUUCGUGCUGAAGGGCUCCAGGUGGACGUGGGGCAGGGCGGGCGUCUGCGUGGGCAUCUGGCUGCUGGUGGGGCUGGGCGUGAGCCCCCUGCUCUUCUACCCCCAGACAAGGCACAGCUCGCAGCUGAACAUCACGACGUGCCACGAUGUCCUCGGAAAGGACGAGCAGAAGUUCUUUAACUCCUAUUUCCUCUCGCUGGUGGGGCUGGGCUUCGGUGUGCCCUUCGUGCUCAUGACCGUCUCCUACUGCUGCAUGCUGGCCCGGCUGCUGGCCAGCCACAGAAGCUACCGGCACGUGGUGUGCGUCCUGGCCGUGGUCUUCCUCGUCUUCAUCCUCUGCUUCACCCCCAGCAACGUGCUGCUCUUCAUCCACUACCUGCUGCAGGACACGGAGUGCAGCAACACCACCUACAUCUGGUACACCCUGGCCCUGGCCUUCAGCGCCUUCAACAACUGCUUCGAUCCCUUCAUCUACUUCUACGUCUCCCGGGAUUUUCGGGGCUGGAUCCGCAGCAGCUGCCGCCGGCGGCUCCGGACACGGAGGGGGUGGGAGAAGGCAGCCUCGUGCCUGAGGUCCAGCGAGCAGACCCAGCUCUAGGCAGGGCUGGGGACACGGGGCUGUGUCCCCCGUGCGGAGGG